UGCCAGCUCGCCCGUACGCCUGUCCACUCGUCCAUCAAGCCCUCCAUCCAUCCAAACGCCCGCCCACUCGCCUCCCAGCUCUGCUCGCCCUGGGUGGGUGUACGGUACAUGCGUAUGUGGGUGUGUGUUUGGUCUCUUGUGCGAACAGCGGGUGUGGGUGUCGGUAGCGUUUCCCAGUCUGCCCAGGCAUGUCCGCAGAGGAGCUGCGACUGAGAGGAGACUCGAGCUCGAACAUCACCGCUGCCAUGCCUCUCGAGAGAGCCACCUGGCCGCAGUGCCCAGCCAAGGACAAGGGCGAGGAGGAGAGAGAUGGGGAGGAAGAGGUCGAUGGGGAGGAGCGAUGGCAGUCUAAAUUCAUCAGCAAGCAGAAAGAGGGGAAAGGCGUCGAGGAAGAGGAGGUGGAGAUGGAUGACGACGAGCCAUGGCAAUUCACUGGACCAUCAGCGGGUGGCUCGCCCAACCAGUCGGACGAGUCCGAGCCAGAGAGCCCUCCGGCGUUCAUACGCAGGAAGGUGUCUUUUGCCGACGCUUUCGGCCUCGAUCUGGUGUACGUCAAGGAGUUCAGCAACCAGACGUCGGACGACAAGGUAGAGGACCUCCUGUGUGGCCUGGAUGUGGACGAGUACUACCUGUCCUGCGUCUUCACCUUGCCAACCUCGCCUCAGGUGCUCGCAGAGACGGUGGAAGAGCGCAAAGUGGCGUUGGAGUCCCUCGAGCUAAUGCCUGGCACGACCACGCUAAGGGGAACGGUGCGAGUCGCCAACUUGUGCUUCGACAAGGCCGUGUACGUGCGGACGACCUACGAUAGCUGGGGAAGUCACUUUGACCUACUGACCGAGUACGUCCCCGGGUCUAGCGACAGGGAGAGCGAUGGAUUCAGCUUCAAGCUGACGCUGGUGCCUCCGCUUGACGCAGCGGGCAUACGCGUGGAGUUUUGUCUGCGUUACGAGAGUGCCGUCGGCGAGUUUUGGGAUAGUAAUAAUGGGCAGAACUACACACUGUACUGUAAGAGACGGGAACACUUGAUCCCUGAAAGCAAGGGGAAAAGAAGAGAGGAGGAGGAGGAAGAGGAGAAGGCGAAAGAGAUGGAGAUAGAGAAGGAGAGGUUGAAGGAGAAGAAGAAGAAAGUGCCAAAAGUAAAGAGUACACGAAGCUGCCUCAAAAGACCAAGUAAGAAGACCUCCCCCGAACCUGACCCGGUGGUGGUGUCAGGAACAGCAGAGAUCCCAGAUACAGUCUCGCAAAGAGCAGCCAGGCCUGCCAGCAAGACAGUGGACAGCGCAAACAAACGUGCUGAUGAAGAACGCCUACAGAAAUCAUUGGUUGACAGUCGGAUGAGUAGAAGAAGAGCUCGGCUGUCCCAAGUCAGAGCCCAUUUUGCACAGAGGCAAAUGGAAGCCCUGCUGGGCCACUGUGCUAGUGGAGAGGGGGGAACUAGCGAGUCUCCUCCAUUGAUACCUGCUAGCAGUGUGGAAGCAUGGAACAGCGCUCCACUGACAAGCACAGGACUUUUGAAGGAUGAGCGCACUGACACUAGAAUUAUGGACCAGGCUCCGGUGCUAACAUACCACCAAAUACCACUGCUGUCACUCAGCAGCUGGGACAAGAACAGCACUGCUGGGCAGAAAGACCUCUCAAGUAGCAGCGCAGGUAACCAGGAUCUGUGCAGGGGAGCUACUCUGGUACACAGUCAGCAGCGAGAAAGUGGACAUAGUGUGCCAGAUCGCGUUUCAGCAAGUUACACCACCAAGGAAGAGAGUGACGGAGUGGAAAACAGCUCCAUAACUGCUGUCGAGGAACUGGAGACCCGCUCUCCUCCUCCAAUUGUGUCGCCGUUCCGGCUCAUCGGUGACCAAUCAGAUCCAAUGGAACCUGUCCAGGUGGCACAAUUGCAAACCCAAAUGGUCGCCGCUGGCCGGGAUUCACCCCGGCCUCCGGCCAACGAGCAUGUGACCUUGGCGGUGUCGCCCAGUGACAUGGAUCCAGGGCAGGAAUGCGACCUGGUGGUGAUUGACGAUCCACAGGGUGAGGUGGCCAAAGCUGUGCGACCCGACCUGGAUCUGGGUCUAGGUCUGGGCCUUGGCCUGAGAAGCAGGAGGAGCAGAAGGGCAGAGGUGGAGGGUGUGACCAGAGACCAGUCACGAGUAGAUAAUGAGGAGCUGGGAGCUACUCAUGUGUCAGCGGGUGUUGAGGUUGAGCACAGUGUUGAGCAGCAGCAGCACCUGGCUGCUGAAAUCGAGCGACCGGCUUUGUCUUUGCGCAGAGGGACUAAUGCACUCAAACAAGUGACAAGGCCGUGGGCGACAGGAGACGUGGCAAUGGCAGGGGAAGAAGCAAAGACAGAGGCAGAGUCGCAGGGGAAGAUGGCUCAAGAGGGAGAAACUGCAGAGGAGGGGACAUUACAGCUUGUAACACACACAAGAGCAGAGGCAGAAAUAGAGGUGUUAGCACAGACAGUGGAGCAGGCACAGACACCAACACAGAGAGCUGAAAAUAAACCAGAGAUAGGUGCAACAGAGGUGCAAACAAUAGACAAGACAGUGAUGGAGGCGUCUGAAAAUGAAGAAUCACAGAUUCUUGAAGCACAUACAUGUAUAAGAGAAGAUGUAGGGAUACAGGCUUGUGAGAAUAGAGUGCAAAUACAUGCUGUGCACACAGCAACAGAAGAUGCAAUAACACAGGUUCAUGAAAUUGAACCUCAAACAGACACAUCACAUACAAAGGUGCAGAGCAUAACACAGACAGCGCCACAGACAAUGACAACCAGUAAGAUGCUAGAAAUCGACACAGAGGAGGCAAGGCAAAGGUUAAUGAAACCUGAUGAGGAAACGGCGUCAUCACCACCCAUGCAGCCACAAGAAAGGGACAGGUACACAGUUGAACCAGCAGAAGCAGCAAAAAGAGAAUUACAAUCAGAACACAGAGCAGCCAAAAUAUCAGCAGCGGUAUCAGAAACACCAUCCACAGCAAUAUCAGGAAUGGAAAUAGAAUCAACAUCUGCCACCCCAGGGGAACCUCUGGGUAUCAGUGCUGUGGAACAAGUGUUACCUGGUUGCCAUGGCGGCGAGGGCGGAGGAGCGGCUGUUGGGGGCAUGCAGUCGGUAAACACCGCCACAAAGGUCACACGGGGUGAAAGUCAAGACGUCGGCAGCGCUGGUUACCACCCAGCAGCCCCCGGCAACCGCGCCGCCACCACAAUGGUGACAUUUAAGGACGGCGAUGGGACAACGGCGCAUGAGCAUGCACAUCCCAUGAGGCAGCGGGUAAGAGAAAAGGAGGAAGAGAGAGAGCAGGAGAGAAGGGGGGAGGAGGAGGGAGCGAUGAUGGCCGUGGGUACAGGAGAGUUUCCUUUCAAAACCCUGAAUGAGAGGCAACACAAAGAGUCUGCAGAGACGAGUGGAGAUACGAUUGGGAUCAGGAAGGAGGAGGAGGAGGACUUAUCAGGGGAAAUGUCACAUUUGAAAGAAGUGAAGAGGCAGUAUGUCGUGUCAGCGAUAUCGCAGACUGACAGACUGGAGGGGAAAGCAUCAAAAUAUGGAAUUGAGAAUUACAUUGUGGCAAAAGAGGAGGAGGAGGAGGCGGAUAGAGAUGAGGACUGGAGGGACGAGAUGGAGAAGUGCCUGGGGCUUAGAAGAGAGCAGGGCUACGUCAGCGAGCCGGCCCUUUAUGAACAGUUUACAAAAGCCACAAAAGGGCUGAUGAGAGAUCCCCCGUCUAAUUCAUUGACAGCAAAGCAUGAUGAGACUGAUAGUUCAACAGGACAAUACAGAGGCUCAGAAUCACAAUACCUGGAAACACAAAAUCAAGGAACUGUCGCUUGUGAAGGUAGUAAGGAAUUGUUAGAUGCACCAACCUCACAUGGUCCGGAUGGGGGGACUACUGAGGAUAUACCAGUGGUACAUAGCAACACAAAUGCACCAACACAUAGGUCGUUAGAAAAAGACAUGUGUCUUCCCUUGCCUGUCCCAGUUCACACGUCGUCAGACUCUCCCUGUUUGCACAGCACGCUGCUUGAUCAGGAUCUGUAUCUCGCGGGAGAUGUUUCACCUCUCUGCCAAGAGGGGGCAGUGUCCUGGUACACUGCUCGUGCUGUCUUACCUUCGCCUGGUGACGACCAUGGGACAGCCAAUAGGGUGAGGGGUCGUCGGAGGUCAUCAAGUCUAUUAAGAGGCUUGCAAACGAUUAGAGAGGAGGGUGAGGGCCACAUGAGUUCAGAUGUGGCAAGUCCGCAACCUCUGACGCCACUGGGCCUGAGUAAGCUAAGAUCGCUUGGCCCCUUCUCCAAAGUAGCGGCCAUCUCUCUGUUGUUUGCCUUCUUCUGCUUGACGGCUUACGUGUGUGACUUACCACUCUGCCUUGCCAUCUACUUAGUGUCCCUGUGCUGGUGGUGUUCACGUUGGGGGAGAGACCCUCCUCCUCUGCCAAAAGGUUUAGAAUAGAUACAGUAUGGGGACCCAUAUGGAAAAGAUAUAUAUACUAUAUGUCCAUGAAUGAGGCAAUAUAUAGUGUAUAUAUAUUGCUUCAUUUAUGAUUCAAAAUUGAUGUAUAUGGACUAUGCAAUUCUCAUUUGGCACCUGGUAUAAAAGUUGUCCAUUUCCAAGUGUGCAGAUAUAGAAGUAAUGCAAACAGUACACAUUUCAUAUACUGAAACAUAUAUUAACAUUGUACAUGGAAUGUGUAUGUGUGCUUACUUACAUGCCCUAUACUAUGUAUAAAAGUGGCAAACUUCUUCAAUAAAAUUGCAUAAAACAGCCAUGUAGGUUUUAUAUAUUUCUUUUCCGUAUGGGGAUCACUCUACAUAUCACCUUAUCUCCCUCGCCAUGAACACAGAGAAAUUGAAAUACUACUCCAUACCUAAGCUUGUUGAACCAUCAGUGCCUUUCUGGCAAAAAAUUAGGGACCCAUUUUUUAUUUAAUGUACCCUCUCAGUGUUUCCCAACCAGGGUUAUGUGUACCACUAUGUAGAGAUACACAAGCACACUGCAGGGAGUACUGUACAAAGAAACAUAGAGAUUAAAAUAUUAACAAAAGUAUGGAGCACAGUCACUUGAAUAUAGAGGUCUAGAGUACGAGUUAUUGUGAUACGUGGUAUGGUGGACGUACGCAAGACAAACAGGCUUUGGAAACACUGGUAUACACGUAAGGUACAAUGUGGUGCUCUGUUUGGUACAAAAGUGUUCUUUCUUCCAGGUACAAAACUAUUGUCAUAUACAAAAAUGGUACCUCAAAUAUGCUUUGUUGUACCUUAGAAGGUGCACAACUGUUCUGCAAAAAAAGUUAGGUACAAUGUAGUACUUCCAUAUAUCUGUGUUCUCUUCCCCUUCCCCCUCUCCUACCACCCCUCCUCCCCCCCCCC